AGCGGUGGUUGCGACUCAGGGGGCCACUAAUCCCCCUCAGGACUAGCGCGUCUCCAGACCCCAAAUCGGGCCAACCGCCGCCCAAAACUGGAAGCUUCAGAAUUAUUCGAUUUUAUGCCGUCGCCCUGCCAGCCAAUUCCCCAUUUCUCUCUCGCCGAAUCUGAGCUCCAAUCUGUCCUGUCCCCGUUGGCCUCCUCCGAAAAUGGCUCUGCGACUCCUUCCCUCCAGCCUCUCCUCCCAGAUGCUGCCCCGAAGCCGCCUGCUCACGGAAUUCCUGUCCGCCGCGGCGGUAGGACGGUGGUCUGGUUUCGCUUUGAAUGCCUCCGCCUGGUCUCACAAUCUUCUGGGCCCCCCCGCCAUCUCGUUGAAUAUUCCCGGUAUCACCGCAGGCCUCUGGGACUCCGUCCUCCGUGCCGUACCCAAGAAGAAGACCUCCCAUAUGAAGAAGCGCCAUAGGCAAAUGGCCGGCAAGGCUCUGAAGGAUGUCAAAGGUCUCAGCACAUGCUCUGGAUGCGGCCAGGUAAAGCGUUCACACGUCCUGUGCCCGAAUUGCGUUGAAAGUGUCAAGAAGCAAUGGAAGCAUACUCAAACUGCCUAAAAUGCAAAGAAGAAACAUACGAUGAAAAACGGACGGAUGAUCGAUUUUGAUUUGCAUUGGGAUUGUGUUUUUACCUGGUAUUCAUGAAGUGUAGGAUAAAUGCUGCAUGGCAUUCGGCGUCUGGUAAAGCUUGAGGGUUCUUGAUCUUAGUGAUAUUUUGUUGUACUAUGACCAUUUUAUUUAUUUGUAUAGUUGCCUGAGGCCAAUCGAAUAGCCUGAGGGUUCUAGAAUUCGAUUUGACUGUACCAAGUACCUAGUAGUGCAGGGCGGAGGGCGUCAGUCUUUCAAUGGAAGGUCCGCCGUCGGGUGGGUGCUAUCGGGAACAUGAUCUCAUUCGGCCGCCAGCCAUUCUGUCCCGCUUGCGGCCUUAACUUGUUCACUUUCCCCUCGGCAUUACAACGUGCUUGAGUGUCUACGGUUCAUACUGUCUAG